CAGACCCACGUGAAGGACUGAUACUCUAAUCCUGUCUAUGUAACGAACGUUGUCAGAGAGACCGCAGCGGAUGGUAGACACUUCACUGGCUUUCUCAACUAAAAGUGGCCCUCCCACCCUGAGCGGUGACGGAGCGUUAUUCCACGCAGUAGUCUGGCUUCUCACCAUUUGAGACCGUAGUUACCCAUAAAUUGGAACAAUAAAUAUGGCAAGAGAAGGACGGACAAUGCGGCCGUGUAACCGAUGAAAUUCUUUUUUCCGCCCAUUUUCUUAGGCGUUGGUUUGGAUGAGCUGUGGUCUGAGAAGGGAAAGGACAGAGGAUGCACCAGAUGGUACGAUGUGAAUGAUUGGGGAUCAUGAAGCCUACACACAAACUGCUGUUUGUUUUGUGUCCCAUGCUGGUCCUGGGCUUCAUCUAUUACUCUUCUGGAAAGCUACAUUUGAACGUAUGGGGCCAGAAGCCGCUAAAAGACGUGGGGACCAGCGUCAGUGUCAAUGUUACUGUCACUAAAGCAAACCAAAACCAAGCUAAGGCAAAAGCAGUCAAAGAGCCAGAGGUGGACAGCAUCGUCUCCGUGGGACGAAUAGUAGGCUCAGUGUAUGAUAAGCAAGGAUUCCUGGUGAAGCUGGAUGGAAAGCUGCCCCCAGAGUUGGUGUACCAGUAUGGCAACCUCAGCGAAGGAGCGUGCAAGCCUGGCUAUGCAGCCGCCAAAAUGACUGCUAUUUAUCCAAAGUUUGUAAAGCCAGCACCAAUGUUUCUUGACCGGAACUUCAAGCGGCUCGCAAAAGUCAGCAAUUAUUUACCUCCGUUUGGUUUUAAGACACAAGAAAGGAUCAUAGAUGUUAUAUUAGCUGCUACAAAGAAUUAUGGACUGGGUCCAGACUUAGACAGUUUGAGCUGUAAAAGGUGCGUCAUAGUGGGUAAUGGAGGAAUCCUUGCCAAUAAAUCUUUGGGCUCCCGUAUUGACGAGUAUGACGUGGUGGUAAGGUUGAACGAGGCUCCGGUGAGUGGAUACACUAAAGAUGUGGGGACUAAGACCACGAUGAGAAUAACCUAUCCCGAGGGAGCCAUUCAGAAGGCCGAGCGCUACGAGAAGGACUCCCUGUUUGUCUUCUCAGCUUUCAAACCUCUUGACUUCAAAUGGCUGAGACAAAUGGUCUUCAAAGAGAGAUUGCAGGGGGUAGAAGGCUUCUGGAAGUCAGUGGCUCACCAGGUCCCCCGGGAGCCUUCAGAGAUACGUAUCCUCAAUCCAUACUUCAUCCAGGAAGCUGCCUUCCAGUUCAUUGGUCUGCCACUCAACAAUGGCCUUAUGGGUAAAGGGAACAUUCCAACACUGGGGACCGUUGCCAUAACAAUGGCCCUACACAAUUGCGAUGAGGUCGCUGUUGCUGGAUUUGGUUACGACAUGAGCACCCCUCAUGCACCCUUGCACUACUAUGAGACAGUAAAAAUGUCUGCCAUUAAAGAGUCAUGGACUCACAACAUCUCAAAGGAGAAGGAGUUUCUCCGUAAGUUGGUCAAGGCCAAUGUCAUAACAGACUUGACAAACGGGAUUUGAGUCUGCCAGAGCAGGUCGCCUUACACAGAGAAGUAUGAAACAGAGGACAUUGCGCCUAAAAUUAAGAAGAGGACUUAAGGAAGCUAAGGUGUAUGUCCUAUCUGCACCAAAUAUUUACAAAGGGGAUUUUGAUCACGCCUCAGUGCAGAUGCACAUGUGCCUUCAGACCCACAGACUCCUUCUUGGAGGAUCUUUAAAGGGGAUUCUAAGUGUUCUCAGGGGAAGAACGAUCUCAUGUUCCAGUUCUAUCCCCCUCGACCCUCCUAGAAAUCAAACAAAUGGUACUGAGGACCUUGAGCUAACUUAACAGUAACGGAGCUGGAGGACGAAAAACGAAACACUUUGGUAAACUGUAGACAAAUCUUUUUUUUUUUUUUUUUUUUGCCAAACGUACCUCUUUGGAGGACAUGGCCCUCCACCACUGCCUGAAUGUAUUCACAGUGUAAAUAUCAAAGAUUUUUACGGUACUUUUUAAAAAUCCCUGCAAUCACCCCCCAUCGCAGCUCUGCCUUCACAGGAGAAUCUCCGUCCGGGACCCUUGGUGCAUAUCCCGCCCUUGCCUUCAGAAGGGGCAAGGGGACAUGCCUUUUAAUUAGACCUCUCUCCAAGUUCAUGAGGCUGCAGACCUCCAGAAUGUGAGAUUAAUGUAUUAUGAUUGCUUUUCAGAGGGAGUAGAGGUUAUUCUUUGUUAAAAUUUAUUUAUUUUCAUUCAGUUUCAUGGUGUUCUUUAAGGAAAAAACUGAGAUAUUUUGGGGUUCUUUGUGUUCUGUUUUGUUUAUUGUUUUUAAGCAAAGAGAGGACUGUUUUUUCAUGGUUUUCGCUGCUUAUGUUACUGAGCCCCCUCCCCCCCUGAUUUGCAUGUUCGUCAGUCCUAACAGGGGUACUACAGGGUCAGACCUAGCUAUUUCAGCAGAUUUCACCCCUCUGGUGAUAACUGCAAAAAUUCAUGUCCAUACAACGUUUACUGUUUUUCAAUAGUUUCAGUAGCACCUUCAGAAAAAUUGAUUUUGCUUUGGUACUCUUGGGAUGUACAAUCUGGGUUUUUUUGAAAUUCUGUGGAGGUACUUGAUUUCAGUGCUCCUGAGUACCUCUUUUCCAGUUUUCCCCAGUCGAGCACUUUUGCGGAGACGAUGCAGCGAAGCCCUGACUGGCCAACGGUUCGGGGGGGUAAGCGGGAGAGUCAAAAUUAUUGUGUCUGUGUACUCUUGCCUCAACCCUCACACUGGAGAAUGAUUCUGAGAAAAGGCACUUCGUCUGCCUGGUGAUCUGUCCUGCAGCACAGAUGACAAGGCUGCUCUUCUACACAGCUGGCUGCCAGCAAAAUAAGACACGUGAACAGACAGAGAUCCUCAGGCGGAUGAGUCUACAGCAAAUGAUGCCUCUAUACCAGUGCAGUAUGUCACCUUUCAGCAUUAUAUAAUCCAAAACAAUCAGCAAAUUUUUUUUUUUUCUGCCAGUAUUAUAGUAAUUGUUCAUGUAUGUGUUUGUGUUUAAACUGGUCUUUUAUUUGAGCUGUAAUAAAGCAGUUGACCUUCUGGUCAGAUUUAAAGUUGAAA